CCAGCCUCUCCAGCGGGACACUCUCACAGCGAACACCCGGCGGUAGUGGACCUUCCUCCGGGCUCCUCUGCUGCAGCUCCCCGGCCUCUGUGUGUCCUUCGUCCCGCCUUGUGACCGCCUCUCCUCGGCUGUGGAGGAACCAGCGGCGGGGACAGGAGCGAUGGAGACGUCCCGGUAGAAGUUGGAAAGUCUCCCACCGACCAGAGCCUCAGAGGCCAUGGGCUGCGGCUUGAGGAAGCUGGAGGACCCGGAGGACAGCAGCCCCGGGAAGAUCUACUCCACCCUGAAGAGAGCUCAGGUGGAGACCAAGACGGACACCGUGCUGGAGUAUGUGCUGCUGGACUUCAGCCUGGAAGGCAGCCGCCCGACGGUCCAGUACGUGGGCUCGCUGUCCGAGCUGCCUCAGGCCCUGCAGCCGUACUACACGCAGGGCUACGUCCUGGCCGCCCUGCACCCCAUCAUCCUGUCUGUGGGCCGGACGCGCUCGAUGCCCUUCAGCCUGCUGUACCGCGCCAUCCUGGCCCGACCCAGACCCAGCAGGCAGACGGCCUCCAUGUGUCACAGUGUCCCGGUGCUGAGGGUGGAGGAGUGGCCUUUACCUGGCGACUCGCUGACGGGCGACACGGUCAGAGCGCUCAUCGACCGGGUGAACAGCAGCGCUCGAGGGGGCGUUCGAUUCGUGGGCUCGGUCCUCCAGCAGGUGAGCGGGGUCACGAACGGCCGAGUGCACAGUCCGAAGAGGGGCUGUCGCUCCCCUCCACGCUCCCCCCCCCGAACGCCUCCUGGAGACGCAGAGCUGGAGGAGAACACCUACAGUCCUGACUUGCGGUUGCUGGUCUUCUUCCACUCCUGGGCUCCAGGCUGCGCUCCUCUGGACUCGCUGGCCUGUCAGUACCACCAGGGGGCGCUCUCCAUGCGUGUCUCCAGGAAGGGUCAGGUGGUCAGUGCCCUGGAGGCCGACUGGCUGGAGCUGACCACCGCCUACUACCGCAAAGGCUGGUCGCUGGUGGACUCCUUCGUCUACUGGGACACGCCGAGAGGUGAGCCGGUGCCCAGAUCCCUGGAGGGUUUGUUUGUUUACGAGGAGAGAAGCACGUCUCCUCCCGCCAACGACACCAUCGUGGUGGAGCAGUGGACCGUCAUCGAGGGCUCCAACGUGAAGACGGACUACGGGCCCCUUCUUCACACCCUGGCGGAGUUCGGUUGGCUGCUCACGUGCAUUCUGCCCACGCCCAUCAUCCGACACGACAGUGACGGGAACCUGGCCACGAAGCAGGUGGUGUUUCUGCAGAGGCCCGUCAGAGGUCAGACCGCCGGGCAGCAGAGGAACCAGACUCUGUCCGUGCACAGCGACGUGUCCAGCCGCUCGGUGAGCCGCUCGGUCAGCAGCGCCACCGUCCCGCCGGAGGAGCUCUCUCCCACCGCGGGAGGCAUCGGCGGCUUCCCCGUGUUCGGGGGGGGGUAUCCCAGCGCCCUGUCCCACCUGGAGGAGAACGGCUUCGAGCAGGAAGAAGGGAAAGCUGAGGUCACGUGUAUGUGAGCAGCAAAUCAGACGGAUUUUACAUUUUCCUCCAGGAGUUUAACUCCAGGAUUCAAACAGUGUUGGACUAACGGAGAAGAGACUUGAAGUCUCCACAGACUCUUCAUCGGCCGUUGUGUUACUUUUAAAACUCUGCACUUUUUAAAAAUGUUUUUAUUGAAGCCAUAAUGAGGUUUUAUUUAGAGACGGGUCUGAGUCCGAACCUUUACAUAGAAACCACACACACACAGACACACACCUAUGAAGCACAAACUGAUUUCUGCACGUUAUGGAAUCAACACUGGUGAUAAACGAGGGAUUCACCUUUUUUUGACCAAUAUCACUUUUCCUGCUCUUUGGUUUUUCUGUUUCACACAUUUUUUCCUCAAUUGACCAGAGAAAGUUCUCUCAUCUCCCUCAAGACUUUUUAUUGGUGCGUCCAGAUGUUUGAAAACCUUCAUAUCUCACCUCGGGUCCGACUCGGCUCUUCUCCUCCAGAAUAUUUGGUACUGACAGUUUGCAGGUUGACGAGUGACAGUUACUACGACCAGAGGACGUUAGAAACCCUCAUCGUGUUCAAUCUGACCGGGGCCAUAUUUGAAUCAUUCUGGAAAUGGUUUAUGUCCAAUCAUGCAUUUGUUUGACAGUAUUAUUUAAUAUUUGUUCGGCUGCUGUUGGUGUUACACGUUUAUUUUUUUCUUCUGUUUAAUCUGCUGCUUUCUGCUUUAGAGCGUAGAUGGUACUGACGUGUCCUGUUCAGAAAACAUUUGAUAUUUUCCUUAGUGUCGAAUCCAUGAAAAUACUAAAUCUACUUUGAGUUGAUCUGACUGAUGUAUUUUUUCUGCUUUAUCUGAACAACAUGUUCCUUUAUCACCACGAACACACACACACACACUAUAUAUAUUGGUAGAAGACAUUUGCUGAAAACCAGUGUCCAGCUGUUAAAUGAAAUGAUUUGACCCUUUUUAAAAACUAGAUUUUAAACGUCUUUUGAAAGGUUUAUAUCUUCAGCAGGAACCUGUGGACUCAGGUCUGAGUUUCACAGACAGGAUAGAAAGUAUUAACUCAACUUACUGUUGGUUUUUGUUCAUUUCUUAGGAUUUGUUGACAAUAAUGUAAAAUAUAGUCGUAGAUACAUUUCCUGUUAUUUCUUAACCAACAUUAACUUCAGUCUUUAUUCAGACGACAGCAGUUGAGCUACAACUUGAACAACUUUACCUGCAAUAAGUAUUUUUCUUUUCAGGAAAAUAUUAAACCAUCCAUCACUGACAAUAUGUCAGGAGAGCAAAUGUUAAAUCUUGUCUUUUAAUGCUAUGAAAGGGACAAUGUUGUAAAUAUCUAAAGACAUUUUCACUCAACUGCAAAUUUGGGUUUGAACUAAUUGUGAUGCACGUUACUUUAUUUUUGAGAGGAAGCUGCAGCUAAUAAUUCAUCACUGAAGUCGUCAGAUGUUUCAAACGAUGAUAUUCAAUCAACUGUUAAUCAUGUGACCAAAAAACACUGAUUGAUCCUAUUUGAAAACUACUUUGGUUUUUUUAUUUUUUAAAUGAUUAUUUUAUAAUCAGAAUAAUUCGAUUUUCUGUCCAGUUAAAGUAUAUUUGAGAUUUUCCAGUGAGUGACGGGUUCAAAGUGGUUAUGUGACCAUGGUUAUAUGUAUAUGAUGUAUUCAUCAUCAGGUUUAAUAAAUGUCAGUAUUAAUGUUGA